AUCUCAAUCCUCUAAGCGAAUCAAAAUUGCCCCAGAAAAUAAAAUGGAAAAGGAAAAACUUUCUUAACUUUCAGCUGCCAAUUAUUUUUUUGUAUGCCAAGCAUUAAUAUCUAAAUAAUGCGAGAUUUUCUCUUUUCUACAAUUAUGCAUUUUCCCCUCGAUCACAGCCUACUCAACCUGCUUGAAUGAGACCUUAUUUCCCAUAUUUUUUUCUAUUCUUGGCUUUUUCAGUUUCAACCAAAAGUCCUUCUUCUGCUCGUUUCUUUUCCUAUUUAAGAGUUAGAGAAUAAAUUAUAGAGAACUUUUCACUUGCUUUUUCUACUAAAUAAUUUUAAUUAUUUUCUCCCCCUGCGUCAUUAGUCAAACUCAUUAAACUUCUUGAAUAAGUUUAUUAAUCAUCGCUUUCUCCAAAACUAAGGAAGCUUGCAGCUUUUUUCUUCUGCUCCAUUUCCCUCCGAAAGGGUCUACUUCAAGGGAUUUUGGAGUUCUGGGGUUCUCGCAUUUGUUUGUGUUCUGCUAGUUCUCUGUGUUGGAUGUAAAGAACUGAUUUUGGAGGGUUUUGGUGGUGUUUCAGCAUCAAUUUUUCGUCGGUUGCUUACCUGAAGUAUUUUUGUAGGAAUCUGAAUUCGAAAUGUUCGUUUUAUAAGCUUUCUGGAUCAGUCAGAUGAAAUGGAUACCAAUGGGUCUGCUAAACCGUCAGUUUAUGUGGAAAACGAAGGGAAAAGGGACCAGGUGGUAGAGAACAAGUUAGACCAAACCCAUGAUGGUAGUAACCUAUUGGUUGGCUUAGAGAGGAAGCCUAAGGGUGAGCGAUGUAAUGCUGGUGCAGCAAAUGGAAGAGGGAGAGAGCAGAAAUAUACACUGGAAGAAGCUGCUGCUAAUUCUGCAGGGAAGUCUAGUGUCAGGUUGUUUGAUGGAUUAGAUGAGCAGGGAACUAGUAGAGGCGACAAUAGUCUUUUGGAUGAUGAGCAGUCUGAGGCAUGUUCUACUCCUGAAGUAGACUCCCAGAGGAAACCACUGCAGCAGCAUUCAUCAGUCCUUGAGAUUUCCCACUCGAAGGACCCUCCUGUGAUCCGAUCACAGCGGGCACGGAGAGGUUUUGACCGAUGCAUCACUGACCUUAUGGGAAGUCCUAGAAAUGUCUCCCUUGGAAGCCGAAGAAUUGGUUAUUCAAGAUCCAUGGUUGAGAAGAAAGGGAGUCCUAUGUAUGACCCAAAGCUGGAUAGGCUGUCCAAAAGUGAGAAGGUGUGUAUGGUCAUGCAUACUCGUAUUACUUUUUGUACAUUGGUAAGGGUACUGUGUUUGGCCUUUCAGGAAUGGCUAAUUAUGGACCUAGUGAAGUUCCAAAAUGACGGGACAGUGGAAGUUGAUCUGACUAGGGGUUCACCUGGAGCGUCUGAACUGUUAGAGCUUAGCUCACUUGAAGGACCUCCUCCUAUUUUAGAUGAUAUUGUCACUGAUUUCAACAAAACAAUUCCCAAAUUGAAGAUUGCUAUGCUUGUGGUUGGAACAAGAGGAGAUGUGCAGCCGUUUCUAGCCAUGGCUAAGAGACUACAGGAAUUUGGUCAUCGUGUUAGGCUGGCAACUCAUGCUAACUUCGAUGAUUUUGUGAAGUCUGCUGGCGUAGAGUUUUUCCCUUUGGGCGGUGAUCCUCGUGUAUUAGCAGGAUAUAUGGCCCGCAAUAAAGGUCUAAUUCCAUAUUCACCAGGAGAAAUAUCUAUUCAGCGAAAACAACUGAAGGCGAUUAUUGAAUCUCUUCUUCCUGCUUGUACAGAACCAGAUCUAGAAAGCAGAGAGCCUUUCAGGGCUCAGGCAAUCAUUGCGAAUCCUCCAGCUUAUGGACAUGUUCAUGUUGCUGAAGCUCUUGGUGUACCCAUCCACAUCUUCUUCACAAUGCCUUGGACGCCCACAUGUGAAUUUCCUCACCCAUUGGCACGUGUACCUCAAAGUGCUGGUUACUGGCUCUCCUAUAUAGUUGUGGAUUUACUUGUAUGGUGGGGAAUACGAGGAUAUAUAAAUGACUUCAGGAAAAAGAAGCUGAAGCUGUCUCCUAUUGCAUACUUCAGUAUGUAUCAUGGAUCAAUAUCCGAUUUGCCAACAGGCUAUAUGUGGAGCCCCCAUAUUGUGCCCAAGCCACACGAUUGGGGGCCUCUUGUUGAUGUUGUUGGCUAUUGUUUCCUAAAUCUUGGCUCAAAGUUUGAGCCUUCGGAAAACUUUGUUAACUGGAUCCAAAGUGGACCGAAACCUAUAUAUAUAGGUUUUGGAAGUAUGCCUCUUGAGGAUCCCAAAAAAACUACAGAAAUCAUUUUAGAAGCACUGACGAAUACAGGACAGCGGGGAAUAAUUGAUCGUGGAUGGGGAGAUCUAGGUUCUGUGGAAACUCCUGAAAAUGUUUUUCUUCUUGUUGAUUGCCCCCAUGAUUGGCUAUUCCCUCAAUGUUCAGCUGUGGUUCACCAUGGUGGUGCUGGAACUACAGCUACAGGAUUGAGGGCAGGGUGUCCAACAACCAUAGUUCCAUUCUUUGGGGAUCAGUUUUUUUGGGGUGAUAGAGUUCACCAAAGAGGACUGGGACCUGCACCGAUUCCCAUAUCUGAAUUGAGUGCUGAAACCCUCUCAGAUGCCAUAAGAUUUAUGCUCCAGCCGGAGGUAAAAUCUCUGGCUAUGGAACUAGCAAAGUUGUUAGAAAAUGAAGAUGGUGUUGCGACUGCGGUUGAUGCAUUUCACCGGCACUUGCCUCCAGAAUUACCAUUACCAAUUGCAUCAACAGAGGACAAUGAUCAUCCAAAUUUCUUGCAGUGGCUGUUCAUUCAAAUUGGCAGAUUAUGCUGUCUGCCCUGUGGUUCCUAGAAUUUCUGCUGCAACAUCAGUAGUGAUUUUUGUAGAUAUAGUUGUAUGAUUUGGUCUCUAUUGAUAGUUGAUUAGUAGUGUCUUAUUCAUUCAUUUUAUUGAUCCACCCUUCUGUGGGGUUGGACAGUGGUCAGUAUAUAGGCUUUCAAACUUUUUUUUUUUUUUUUUAAAAUUUUGGGAGAAAGGCUAGAGUGGAAUAGAAGAACUAGAGUAUUGUUUUGACUAGUAGGUUGAGGCAUAGAACUUGAAAAAAGGAAAAAAAUGAGACAAUUAUUCUGUAUUAUACUGGGUGCAGUUUAUCACUGGAUCCUAGUUUUGUCAUUUCCUUCUUGUGUCAUUAUCUAAUUUCCAUCUGUCCCACUUUCAA